ACAAGGAUGUGUGUGUGUGUGUUUGUGUGUGUGCAAAGUUUUGUAAAAUUUGGUGCAAAGUUUUGUAAACAUUAGCGAUCAUCUAUAGGAUAGAAAGGGCAGGCAGUAUUAAAUCUUUUUUUUGUUUUUUCCCAUUAAAUUAGGAUUGUUUUAGAUAUGAAUUUCCUUAAAUUAAUUUUUUUACAGUGCUAUAAAAUCAGAAUUAAGAACAUUGUUUUCUCUGAAUAUCCUUUAGUAACACGUGAAUUUUAAUCAUGUCAGUGUUGGAAAAGAAAGGCAAGGGCAAACUAGAUGACACAGUUCCCUUGAAAUGUAUAAUCGAAAGCUUCUUAAACAUAGAUGGACACACAGAAUUUAUAUUGAAAGUCCAGCGUGGACCAAACAUUGAAAAUUCUUGGGAGAUACAACACAGAUACAAUGACUUUGCGGCUUUAAAUGCUCUUCUCACAGCAAAUGCAGUUGGAUUUGAACUACCACUUCCACCAAAGAAAGCCUUCGGAAACAUGGACAGUACUUUUUUGCAUGAACGAAGGCUUGGCUUGCAGAAAUUUAUGGAUUUAGUGCUGUCCAACAGUUUAUUUUGCCAUCACUUGGCUGUAAAGAAAUUCUUGGAUCCUCGUAAUUAUUCUGAGGAGAUUGAAAACACUGCACAACAACAGGCUGCCAUGUUCUUUAGAUCUGAUCCUAACUGGGAGCUACAAGAAAAUCUUAAAGAGAUAGGUUGGAGAGUUCGAAAAACAUUUUUCAUUAUAAAAUCAAAGGGAAGUUCAAAAAAUACAAAACAUUUGCUGACUUGGGCCGAGCAUGGUCCAGAUAUGGUAUUAGACCACGAAACAACUUUACUUGCACUACUGCGACAGAUGUCUUCAAUACAGCACCCAUUUAUAUAUCCGGUUACAUAUGCAUCUUGUACAGAAAAGGGAUCAACAAUUGUGCGUCCCUUUUAUCCAACAGGCUCACUGAGAGAUGUGAUAUGCAAGGGAAAACCUGUUCAUCCACGAUUGAAAAAAUACGGCAACCGAAAAGCACGAAUACCAUUAGGAUUUUCAGAUAUAAAAAGAAUUGGUCGUCAAGUGUUAGAAGCAUUAAGGUUUUUGCGUGAUAAAGGAUGGCCAUAUGGCCACCUACAUGCUGGCAAUGUCAUCAUAGAAGGAGAAAAUUGCAAAUUGUUGGAUAUUGAAAAUGGCAUCUUAGGUGUACCAAGUCUUUAUCGAUCAUUUUUAAUUGAACACAAGUCUGUAAAGGAUUUAGAAUCUGUUGAUGUUUAUUGUUUCGGUCAUUUAAUGUAUGAAAUAACAUUUGGUGAUCCUCUUGAUAAACUGUACAUCGAUGAAUUUCCAGAAAAUUGUCCGCCAAUUAUACAACCAAUUCUUCACUCGAUAUUAAGCUCAUCAGCAAUAAAAUCAGGCUUACCAACAUUGGACGAUCUCGUUGCUAAUCCGUUUUUUGCAGAUGUUACUGUGAGAUAUGAUGAGAAACCUUCAUUUAAGGUUAAUAAACUUAAAGAUUCCUUAAAGCUGGCUAAAGAUGCUAUUGAAGCCAGACUUAAAGACGAACAAAAAAAGUUAAGAAAAUUUUACAGACUAUCAAAAGCUCGCUCAGAUCUACUGUCUGAAGAAGAAAAAAAGAAAAGGAAAAAGUCAAAUAAGAAGAAAACUUCAACCACGACAACAGAUAGCAGACCAAAAUCACCUCCUACCACAAAAGUUUCAAAGUCAACAAAAUCUUCUUCAGCAGCUGCACCUGCAGCCCCUCCACCUCCAGCCGCUGCCCCUCCACCAGCAUCUGUGCAGACAUCAAAACCACCACCCUCGAGUGCUGGCAGAGGAGCUUUGUUGUCAUCUAUAUCAGAUUUUUCGAAAGCUGGCUUAAAGAAAUGUGAAACUAACGAUCGAAGUAAACCCAAGGUGUAACCAUGGGUUGUUUAUAUACUGGCUGCUUGCUUUCUUAUGUAUUCGAAUUGUAAAAAAAAUUAUUUCAGAUUUUAUUUUAUACUAUUACUUUAUAUACUAUAUACUAUACUUAUACUUUUUUUGUCAGACUUUUCUCGGUUUAAUAAGUUUUAAAAGCCCAUACCCACGUUUUGUUUUUCAUAACCAAGAUUGGUGGUAUUUGCUUAAUUUCUCAUUUAAUGUGAUAUUUAACAUGUAGUUUCACUGUAGAAAGAAUGCAUAAAGUAGGCGGUUAUGAAAUUUCUCAGAGAAUUAUAUACUGUACAUGUGAUCAUGUUUUGUUACACCACGUAUUUGCACUACACAAGACCCAAGAAAGUACAUUGAAUAUAUCUGCCAGUUGCUUAGGUCAUAUGAAAGAAGAAGGAGCAUAUAGAAGUCUUGUGUCAGUUAUUUGUUGUCAAGUUUUAUAUUUUUUACACUAUGUAUAUAAGAAAAAUGGAAAAUUAUUAUCGUAAUAAUCCGAAAUCCCUACAUUUUCUUUAUAACUCUUUAAAAUUAAACUACCAUGUUCAGCGAAAAAAUUUUUGUUGUUAUUAUUAUUAUUUUUUACUUAUCCUUACGUUUUUAAAAAAAAUGAAUCUUUUAGCAAAAAUGACCUAAUAUGGUUUGCAAGUUUAAUAUGCAAGUUAAAUGAUUUUAUAUUUUAUUUCACACCGUUUUUUGGUUAUUAAAUUACAAGAUUGAAUACGUCUAUAAAGAAUAUUCAAUGUUGAAACUGAUACAUUGUCUUUUUUUCUUUCAUUUUGACUUUAUAAAUACCCCUUAUUUCUCCUAACUUAUUUUAUUUGUGUCUUUCACUGAUACAUUGUGUUUAAUCCAUAAGGUAGACUAUAGUGGUACGUUAUGAUCUGACUCAAGCUAUGCUCCUCUAUUAAGUUUAAAUUUUCUUUUCUUUACUAUUUUCAUAACAUUAUGCCAUGCUCUCUAAUGCUGCAUAAAUAGUUAUUACUUUCAUUUUCUUUGUUUAUGUUGUAUGGCUGAUUUAUGUUCAAGUGCACAACGACAAAUCUUUUUUUAAAUUUCUUAAUCUAAAUAUACUUUCCUACAAAUUA